AUGGAGAUACUAUUAAGCACAAAAAGGAUCAACAUAUGUUUGCUUUUCUUUGUAUUAAAUUUGGCAGCAGGUAUUGAAAUACCAUUAUCAGUUGCACAGGUUCCAACAAUUACAGCGCAAUCCAUGACCCAAGUUGCAUACCCUUUUGAUGAAGACUUUACAAUUAAAUGUGAAGCUAAAGGAAAUCCACAACCCAUUUUUAAUUGGACUAAAGAUGAGAAACCAUUCAAUCUACUAUCCGACCCCAGGAUAAUUGCAUCCAAAAAUUCAGGAACAUUUGUGAUCCAAAAUCAGGGGAUCAUAGCUGAUUUUCAAGGGAAAUAUCGUUGUUAUGCUUCAAAUGAACUGGGAACUGCCAUGUCAGAAGAAAUUGAAAUAAUAGUUCCAAGUGUACCAAAAUUCCCAAAAGAAAAGAUUGAGCCAAUUGAGGUAGAGUAUGGUGAUGCUGUGGUUUUGCACUGUAAUCCUCCCAGAGGAAUUCCACCUUUGCAUAUCUAUUGGAUGAAUAUUGAUUUACAACACAUUCCACAAGAUGAAAGGGUCUCCAUGAGCCUUAAGGGAGAUCUGUACUUUGCAAAUGUGGAAGAAAAUGACAGUCGAAGCGAUUAUUGUUGCUUUGCAGCAUUUCCCAGGCUGCGGACAAUCGUUCAGAAAAUGCCAAUGACACUGAUGGUUACACGUAUUAAACAUACUAAUGACUCAAGCUCACCUAAUGCUGCUGUUACUAAGGCUAAUUUCAUCAAGGAAAGAAAACCCAAAAUACUGAUACCACCUGAAUCUUCUGGUAGCAGCUCCUCAGUUACUGUCAUCAAAGGGGGAGUUCUACUGCUUGAAUGCAUUGCUGAAGGGCUCCCAACUCCGCAUCUUAAUUGGAUCAAGGUUGGUAGAGAUUUGCCCAAGGACAGAGCAGUGACAGAAAGUUUUGGAAAGAUUUUGAUGAUAGAAGAAGUAUCUGCAGCAGACGAAGGCACUUAUGAGUGCACAGCAAGCAAUUCUGUGGGGAAAGCGAAACAUGAGUUUCAAGUUCACGUGGAAGAACCUCCUCGGUGGAUAAAGAAACCCACAAGUGAUGUUUACAGCAUAGAGUCAACUGCUUUGCUAUUGUGUGAAGCUACUGGCAAGCCCGAGCCAACUAUAAAGUGGAAACGUAAUGGGAUGCCUAUUGAUAAAAGGACCUAUAGGGGCAGAGUCUCUGCCGGGGAGAUCAGCAUUACCAACUUACAACUGCAGGACAGUGCAGUGUAUCAGUGUGAGGCAACUAACAAGCAUGGCACCAUCCUUGCCACUGCCAAUGUGAAUGUUUUAAAUAUUGCUCCAUUAGUGCUAACCUCAGACAGUGAAGAUUAUGCCACAGUUGUUGGUUUCAAUGCUUUCUUGCACUGUCAAGUUUUUGCUUCACCUCCCGCUGUCAUUAUUUGGAUGAGGGAUGACAGCACAAUGCCACUUGAAGGUCUGCGGUACACGGUAUAUGAAAAUGGCACCUUGGAGAUCAGAGAGACAAAGAAAGAAGAUUCUGGGUCGUACACUUGUUGGGUGACAAAUUUGGUUGGAAAAAGUGCAAUCACUGCCAAUCUGGGUAUCAGAGAUGCUACAAAACUUGUUGUUACUCCUGAAAACCCGCAAGUGUUGCAAUCACAUUCAAUUUUAUUGAAAUGUCAGUCUGAAUAUGACUCACACUUGAAACAAAGUUUUAAAUUAUCCUGGAGGAAAGAUGGAGAUGAGUUGCAAAUCAACAGCACAGAAGAUGGCAGGAUAAUUACUGAAAUGGAUACAUUGUUCAUAUCACGUGUGACAUUCGAGGAUCAAGGCGUUUACACCUGUGUGGCUAGUACAUCCCUGGACAGUGUCACAGCUGAAUCUCAAUUAAUUGUCCUUGAUGUUCCUGACCCACCAGAAGAGCUACUUCUCUCAGAAAAACAGAACAGAAGUGUUAGAUUGUCCUGGAAAGCAGGAGUCAGUCACAACAGUCCCAUUUAUGAGUCCAUUGUAGAAUUUGAAGCGAAUCGUUGGGAGCCUGGGAAGUGGCAGGAACUCACAAGAAUCCCAGGGAACACCACAACCGUUGUUUUAUCAUUGGCUCCUUAUAUAAAUUACCAGUUCCGUGUUAUAUCCGUUAAUGGUGUUGGAAGAAGCAAGGCUAGCACAUCAUCAGCACGCUAUGAAACACCUCCCACUGCUCCAGACAAGAACCCAGAAAACAUCCGAGUCGAAGCUUCUGAACCAAAUGAAAUGGUUAUGAAAUGGGAGCCAUUGAAACCCAUGGAGCAAAAUGGACCAGGACUGGAGUACAAAGUCAGCUGGCGACAGCAGGGAGUAGAGACAGACUGGAACGAGGAAACUGUGAAAAAACAUUCCUUGACAUUGAGAAAUACUCCUACCUUUGUGCCUUAUGAUAUCAAAGUCCAAGCUGUAAACAAUUUUGGAUCUGGUCCUGAACCAAAUGUUACCACUGGACAUUCAGGAGAGGACAUUCCAGAUGCUGCUCCUUCAAGUGUAAUGGUGGAAGUGAUGAAUAGUACACUAGUUAAAGCGAUCUGGUCCGGCAUUCCAAGAGACCGUGUUCGUGGACACUUAAAAGGAUAUAAGGUCAUUUGGUGGAAAACAAGGAGUUUGCUGGACGGAAAACAACAUCGCCCAGACAAACACUUCCUAACAUUUACAGGAGACAGAAACUAUGGCAUGAUUCCUGGUCUAGAGCCAUUUAGUGAAUUUCACUUAACCGUUUUGGCUUUCAAUGCAAAAGGAGCUGGACCUGAAAGCUCUCCAACCAUAUUCCAAACUCCAGAAGGAGUCCCUGAACAGCCACAUUUUCUAAGAAUACUAAACUUUGAUAAGGACUCUGUCACUUUGUCAUGGGGUCUUCCCAGAAAACCAAAUGGCUUCCUUACUGGCUACAUUUUGCAAUAUCAGAUAAUAAAUGAGACAGAUGAGAUUGGAGCACUGAAUGACGUCAAUAUUACAAACCCUUCAACUUUCAGCUGGAGGUUUUCAAAUCUGAGCUCCAGCACCAAGUAUAAAUUCUAUGUGAAGGCCUGUACUAUAAAAGGCUGUGGGAAACCAAUCACAGAAGAAGGACUAACAAUAACAGAAGGGAGUAAAGGGAUCGGGAAGAUUUCAGAAGCAGUAAAUCCCACCCAAAAGUUUCACCCCAUUGAGGCACUUGAGUCCGGAACUGAAUAUACAGUUCGUCUAGUGACUAAGAAUUGGGUUGAUAACAAUAGCAUUUUUGAAGAUGUAAUUGAGACGAGGGAGAGAGCUUAUGCUGGCAUUUAUGAGGGAAUUUCCACCCAAGGCUGGUUUAUUGGACUGAUGUGUGCCAUCGCUUUGCUUACCUUAUUGCUGCUAACGAUGUGCUUUGUCAAAAGAAAUAAAGGAGGAAAAUACUCAGUGAAAGAAAAAGAGGAUUUGCAUCCAGAUCCCGAAGCUCAAUCAAUUAAAGAUGAGAUCUUUGGGGAAUAUAGUGACAGCGAUGAGAAGCCACUCAAAGGCAGCCUCCAGUCACUUAACGGGGACAUUAAAGCUACGGAAAGUGCUGAUAGUUUGGUAGAUUAUGGAGAAGGGGACCAAGGGAUGUUUAAUGAAGAUGGUUCAUUUAUUGGCGCUUACGCUGGAUCUAAGGAAAAAGGAUCAGUCGAAAGCACUGGAAGUUCUACAGCAACAUUUCCUCUCCAUGCAUAA